GCGCCCCGUCAUGGCGGCCGACAGCGAGCCCGAGUCCGACGUGUUUGAGAUCACGGACUUCACCACCGCCUCCGAGUGGGAACGGUUUAUUUCAAAAGUUGAAGAAGUUUUGAAUGACUGGAAACUAAUUGGAAACUCAUUGGGCACACCACUUGAGAAGGGUGUAUUCACGACAGGCACCUGGGAGGAGAAAUCAGAUGAAAUUUCCUUUGCUGACUUCAAAUUCUCUGUCACUCAUCACUUUCUGGUGCAAGAGUCCAGUGACAAGGAAGGAAAGGAAAAAGCACUAGAAGAUGCCAUUCCACAGUCCCUGCAGGAUUUGCUGUGUAUGAACAAUGACUUUCCUCCGAGAGCCCAUUGUCUGGUGAGAUGGUAUGGGCUCCGUGAAUUUGUGGUCAUCGCUCCAGCCGCCAAUAACGAUGCUGUGCUCAGCGAAUCCAAGUGCAACCUGCUCCUGAGCUCGGUUUCCAUUGCUCUGGGGAACACUGGCUGCCAGGUGCCACUGUUUGUUCAGGUACAGCAUAAAUGGCGAAGGAUGUAUGUCGGGGAAUGCCAGGGCCCUGGGGUUCGGACUGACUUCGAAAUGGUUCAUCUGCGCAAAGUGCCAAAUCAGUACACUCAUUUGUCGGGACUGCUGGACAUCUUCAAAUCCAAGAUUGGUUGCCCCUUAACGCCGCUUCCCCCAGUCAGCAUAGCCAUCCGGCUUACCUACGUCCUGCAGGACUGGCAGCAGUGCUUCUGGCCACAACAGCCCCCAGAUAUAGAUGCGCUUGUUGGUGGAGAAGUUGGAGGGCUGGAGUUUGGGAAGUUACCGUUUGGUGCUUGUGAAGACCCUAUUAGUGAACUCCACCUCGCCACUACUUGGCCCCACCUCACGGAAGGGAUCAUCGUCGAUAACGACGUCUACUCGGAUUUGGACCCCAUUCAAGCCCCGCACUGGGCAGUGAGGGUUCGGAAGGCGGACAAUCCCCAGUGUUUGUUGGGGGAUUUUGUUACUGAAUUCUUCAAAAUUUGUCGUCGGAAGGAGUCGACUGAUGAGAUUCUUGGGAGAUCUUCCCUGGAUGAAGAUGGAAGAGAGAUUGUGGAUAUAACCCAGGCCCUGUCCAAACUCACAGAGCCCACCACGGCCCCCAUCCAGAAGUUGUCAGUCACAAACAUGGUGCACAGUGCAAAGAAGAAAAUACGAAAACACCGAGGUGUAGAGGAGUCUCCGCUGAACAACGAUGUCCUCAAUUCGAUUCUUCUUUUCCUGUUUCCUGACGCUGCUGCUGACAAACCCUCGGAUGGAUUGGGUUCGGCGGGCAGCGGUGCCCCCCCGCCAGACAGUGAAGACUAUACCCUGUACAACCAGUUCAAAUCUGCGCCUUCGGACAGUUUAACCUACAAGCUGGCUCUGUGCCUCUGUAUGAUAAAUUUCUACCAUGGCGGGGUGAAGGGGGUGGCCCACCUGUGGCAGGAAUUUGUCCUGGAAAUGCGCUUCAGAUGGGAGAACAACUACUGGAUUCCAGGGCUGGCCUCCGGCGCACCCGAUCUGCGAUGCUGCCUCCUGCACCAGAAACUUCAGAUGUUAAAUUGCUGCAUUGAGAGGAAGAAGACCCGUGAUGAGGGGAAGGGCCGACAGCACGAGGCUCCGCGGGAAAUGGAUAAGGAGAAACCAGAGGUGGGGAAGUCAUGGGAUUCAUGGAGCGACAGCGAGGAUGAGUUCUUUGAAUGCUUAAGUGACACGGAGGACCUGAAGGGUAGCGGCUCAGAGGGUGCUGCCAAGAAAGCUGGCUCCAAGGAGAUGACUGGCUGGAGAGCCGAGGGUCGACUGCGUCCCCACGGGAAUCUGACGCUGCUGCGUGCGGGGGAGCCGCUCUACAUCCCGCUAACACAGGAACCAGCGCCCAUGACCGAAGACCUGCUGGAGGAGCAGUCCGAGGUGCUGGCCAAACUGGGGACCUCGGCGGAGGGCGCUCAUCUCCGGGCACGCAUGCAGAGCGCCUGCCUGCUGUCUGACAUGGAGUCCUUCAAGGCGGCUAACCCGGGCUGCUGCCUGGAGGACUUUGUGCGCUGGUAUUCGCCACGUGACUAUGUGGAGGAGGAGGUAGUGGACGAGCAGGGCCAUGUGGUGCGGACAGGGGAGCUGAGCGCCCGCAUGAAGAUUCCCGGUAACAUGUGGGUUGAAGCUUGGGAAACGGCCAAGGUGGUGCCAGCGCGAAGGCAGCGGCGGCUGUUUGAUGACACCCGCGAGGCAGAAAAGGUCCUGCACUACCUCGCCGUCCAGAAACCUGCCGACCUGGCCAGGCACCUGCUCCCUUGUGUCAUCCACGCGGCUCUGCUCAAGGUAAAGGAAGAAGAAGCCCUGGAAGAGAUUCCUUCGGUUAAGAAGAUCAUUAAACAGAUAAUAUCGCAUUCCAGUAAAGUGCUGCGUUUUCCUAACCCAGAAGACAAGAAAUUGGAGGAAAUCAUCCAUCAGAUCACCAGCGUGGAAGCCACAGUGGCCCGGGCACGGUCUCUGAAGGCCAAGUUUGGGACGGAGAGAUGUGAACCCGCAGAGGAACGGGAGGAUCUGGAGAGGUUUGUGAGCAGUCUCCUGGAGCAGCCGGAGGUGGCAGUCGUUGGGGCUGGGCGUGGCCGUGCGGGGAGUGUCAUUCACAAGCUGUUCGUGAGCGCACAGCGGCUGACUGAGCCAUCAGACGAGGCUGCGGCUGUGUCGGCCCCGGAGGAGGAGCCCAAGCGGCCGGGCUCGUUGGAGGAGCGGAGGCAGAACUCGGUGUCGGACUUCCCGCCCCCAGCCGGCCGGGAGCUCAUCUUGCGCACGUCCGUGCCCCGGCCUGCGCCCUACUCCAAGGCUCUCCCCCAGCGCAUGUACAGCGUGCUCACCAAAGAAGAUUUCCGCCUGGCCGGCGCCUUUUCCACCGACACUUCCUUCUUCUGACGCCCUGCAGUGACAGCCUUGUGCCUGGGAGGAGAUGGCCCUCAGGGGGAAGGAGAGGGGGCAGAGUCACAGGGCCUCGGCUAAGUCCCCGCUUCUGGGUCUGUCCUCCCCGCAGGCAGUUGUCCCCACCCUCCCGCAGCCAGGAGCUGCCCCCGUCAGUGUGCGGGACCGCUGGGUGGUGUAGCUGUUAGAGGGCUGGGAGCUUCUGCGGUAGCUAGCUGUGUCUAACGUUCUCCCAUUGCACCCUGCAAGGCUGCAAGCCGUCCUCAUGCUCCCUGAGUUCAUAGCCCUAGGAAGCCCAUGCUGUAGAGUUGGUGUUUUUCCUUCAACCUGGGACUUUGGUGGAUUCCUCAUGGAAUAUUAAACCUCAGUG